AUGGCGAGAGACGGCCGGAAGCAGCAGCAGACCCGGCAGAGACUGGCAACAAGGCAGAGCAGUGGGUUUCCUGGCACGUGGAGUGAGAAAGCUAAGUGCCUGCAGGCAAGAGCCAUGGUGGCAGAGUGGGGUGCCUCUCUGGAACAUUCCAGUGCACCAGUAGAAAAAAAUAUCACUUUAGAAAAGCCUUCUAAUAUAGAGCUCACAUGCCAAUUCAUAACAUCUGGGGAUUUGAGUUCAGUAAAUGUGACUUGGAAGAAAGAUGACAAACUACUUGAGAAUAAUUCCCUCAUCAAUGCAACGGGAAACAUCCUAUAUACCCAAUACAAGUUUUCGGUCAUUAAUAGCAACCAAAUGGGAAGUUAUUCUUGUUUCUUUGGAGAGAAAAAGGAACACAGGGGCACAUUUAACUUCAAAGUUCCUGAAAUUCAUGGAAAAAACAAACCAAUGAUCACUUAUGUGGGGGAUUCUACUGUCUUGACAUGUAAAUGUCAAGAUUAUAUUCCUUUAUAUUGGACCUGGUACCAUAGUAAUGGGAGUGUAAAGGUCCCUGUUGACAUUCAAAUGAGUGAUAAAUUCUACGUGAUCAAUGGAACCCACAGUAAUGAAACAAAGCUCAAGAUAACGCAACUUGCAGAGGAAGACAAGGGAUCCUACUGGUGCUGUGCCGUCUUCCAGUUAGGCCACAGUGAAAUGCUCAUUGAACUUGUCGUCCUGAGCUAUUUGGUGCCCCUUAAACCAUUCCUUGCAAUAGUUGCUGAGGUUGUUCUGUUAGUGGCUAUUAUUCUGCUUUGUGAAAUAUAUACCCAGAAAAAAAACAAUAACCCAGAUGAUGGAAAAGAAUUUGAACAAGUUGAGCAGCUGAAAUCAGAAGAUAGUAGUAAUGGUAUAGAAAACAAUGCCCCCAGGCACAGAAAAAAUUCAGUUACUUCCAAAUGA